UCCAUCUAUCAAUGUCAUUGUAUUGUCAAAGUCUCGAAAAUGAGAUUGUUUUUUUUCUUUCUUCAUCAAAUCCCAAAGAAACAAAUACAAAUUAAAUUAGCAUUCUAGUAACUAACUGUUGGGCGGAGAACAUGGAUGAAAAAAACCCAUUGGGUUAUAGUUUAUCUAAAUCACACCACAUCCACACAAAUAAAAGUGGAAGGCCAUCAUCACAAACAAACUUAUUAAGAUUUGGUCCUCAACCAGUGUCUCUUGUAUCACAGAUGUUAAAAAAAAUCAAAGAAGAAUGUGAAGAAGAUUCAAAAUUAAAUGUUUCUUUGGAAGUAUUAUACAAAAGUCAAGAAAAAUGCAUAAGACUUGAAAAUUGUGAUUCAGCUUUUCUUCAGACUGACCCUGAGCCAGAAGUGGAUGUUACUGAAACCACCAUAAAAAGUGAAGACAAAAAGAAUAAAAUUUAUUCAUGUGACUUUCCCAACUGUAAAUAUGUGUGUAAAUUGUCUUGUAAUCUUAUAAAGCACAAACGGACUCAUACAUCAGAAAAACCGUUUCUAUGUGAUUUAUGUUCAUUUCGAUCUAAUUUUGUUAACUCACUGAAAGUUCAUCGUAGGAUACAUACAGCUGAGAGACCGUAUGCUUGCAAACAUUGUAGUUAUCGCUGCAAUAGCAGUUCUAACUUAAAAAAGCACUGUAAACAUAAGCAUAGAGAUAUUUCAACAAUAGUUGAUAGACCAGAGAACAAUAUUGAUGCCAAAUCCAGACUAAAAAUAAUAAUGUGACAUAUUUAAAAUAUUAUAGUGAAUAAAGACAAGUUGUACCUACAAUCUA